AGCAGCCAGCAGCCAGCCAGCAGCCAGCCAGCGUCCAGCGCUGGAAGCCACACCGCACGCACGCGUCACAACCCCCACUCAGCCCAACACCUCGAUUCAACCACUCGCCUUCUUCAUCCUCAUCCCGACUCACCUCCUCUUCAUCACCCCUCUCGCUCUCAUCAUCUAGACUCCCCUCCCUCCCACCUACGCUCCCCGCCUCUUCUCCUUAUCCUCCUCCUCCUCCAGCCUCCACGCGCAUCUUGCUUUCCCUCCAACAAGCGCAUCGACCGCCCUUCCCCUUGCCUAAACGCCUUUGCACGAGCACUCGAUCACCCUUCCUGCUUUGGCGCUUCCCGCCCUCCCCUCUAGUUCCACCAACUCGCUCUUUGACAUUGUCCCACUCGUCAACACGACAUCACAGAUACCAUGUCGUCCCCAUCCGCAGCUCAGGCGGGCUCGCUCUACCCCAUUCACUUGCUCAUGGAUGAGCUCAAGUCAGAGGAUGUUGUGCUCCGUCUCAGCUCCAUUAAGCGACUGAGCACCAUCGCCCUCGCGCUCGGCCCUGCCCGGACGCGUGAGGAACUCCUUCCUUUCCUUCAGGACCAGCUCGACGACGAGGACGAGGUGCUGCUGGUGCUCGCCGAGGAGCUGGGUAGCUUCACCGAGUACGUCGGCGGUAAGCAGUAUGCGUACACUAUCUUGGGUCCUCUCGAGAACCUCGCUGCCGUCGAGGAGACGUUGGUGCGCGACAAGGCCGCCGAGUCGAUCUCCAACAUCUCCAAGGACCUCUCGCCUCAGCAGAUUGACGAGCAUUUUGUACCUCUCCUGCGUCGCCUCUCCACCGGUGACUGGUUCACCUCGCGCACGUCGGCAUGCGCCCUCUUUGCGGCUGCGUACCCCAAGGCCAACCCCGAGGCGCAGGACGAGAUGCGCCGCCUCUUCUCGACGCUCGUCGCCGACGAUACCCCCAUGGUCCGCCGCGCUGCCGCCCGUGCUCUUGGUCCCUUCGCCAAGGCAGUCGCCCAGGUGCCCCAGCAGCACACCCUUCUCCUCACCGACCUUAUCCCUCUGUACCGCCGUCUUGCAGCCGACGACCAGGACUCGGUGCGCCUUCUCACGAUCCCCGACCUUAUCGCAUUCGCGUCCAACAUGUCACACGAGGAGACCAAGGCGCAGCUCCUUGAGCCCCUCCGCGCGUCCGUCUCGGACAAGAGCUGGCGUGUCCGUUACAUGGUUGCGAACGAGUUCGUUGGGCUUGCCGAGUCGGUGGGCCCCGAGAUCGUUCGCGAGGAGCUGGUCAACGCAUUUGUUGGCCUCCUCAAGGACCAGGAGGCUGAGGUCCGCACCGCCGCCGCUGGCCAGGUGCCGGGCUUUGGCAAGCUCGUUGACCCCGACGUCAUUCUCAACAAGCUUCUUCCCUGCGUGAAGGAGCUGUCCAAUGACUCGAGCCAGCACGUCCGUGCUGCUCUUGCCAUGCAGAUUUCCGGCCUCGCCCCGUUGCUUGGCAAGGAUGCCACUAUUGAGCACCUUCUGCCUCUCUUCCUUCACCUGCUUAAGGAUGAGUUCAGUGAGGUUCGUCUCAACCUCAUCUCCAAGCUUGAGAUGGUGAACAACGUCAUUGGCAUUGAGCGUCUUUCGCAGGCCCUGCUCCCUGCCAUCAUGGAGUUGGCGGAGGACAAGCAGUGGCGCGUCCGUCAGGCGAUUAUUGAGUACAUCCCGCUGCUUGCAACGCAGCUCGGCGUCAAGUUCUUUGACGACAAGCUCGGCGCGCUCUGCAUGUCGUGGCUCGGCGACACCGUGUUCAGCAUCCGCGAGGCAGCCACUAUCAAUCUCAAGAAGCUCACGGACGUAUUCGGUGUUGACUGGGCCCGCACGACGAUCAUCCCCAAGGUUCUGCAGAUGGGCGAGCACCCCAACUACCUUUACCGCAUGACGACGAUAUUCGCGAUCACGACCAUGGCGCCUUCGCUCAACACCGCCAUUAUCCGCGACACGGUGCUCGACGCAUCUUUGAACCUUGUCUCGGACCCAAUCCCCAACAUCCGCUUCAACGUCGCGAAGUGCCUUGAGACGUUGGCCGCCGUCCUCUCCAACGACCCCGAGGGUCAGGACCUCGUUCAGCGCCGUAUCCUUCCCACCUUGCGAAAGCUCCAGGAGGACUCCGACGCUGAUGUCCGGUAUUUUGCGACAAAAGCGUACGAGCGCACGACGGGCGACGACCGGUCAGAGCCCAUGCAGCUCUCAUAAGAGGGUUAAGAGGGUGCGCGAGGAGGAUAGGACGAUGAAGCAGCACGGGUGUAUAUCUCCCACCCACAUUUUCCCUUUCUUACGUUCAUUAGCCGCAAAGACACCGACCCCGCUGCAACAGGAGUGCUCUGCACGCACGAAUUACAGCCCGCAAUUGGACCGGUAGAUAUAUACCCUGGACAAGCCACGACUAGUUUGCAGAUGGCGAUGUAGACGUCCGCGAGUGUGUGGGGGCGCGGCGCCAUUGGGUUGUGAAGGGUGGUGACAACGAGCAGGACUGUUUUCUCCGGGCUGUCCGUGUAUGUCACUGACAUGAAUCUCUGAUGC